AUGUCCAACGGUACACCCGCCCAAGAUGCUUCGACUCAAUACUCUUUCGGAAACCCCCCUCCUCUUGGGAACCCCGUCACCGGCGCCAUGAUCGGAACAGAUCCCGCUGCUCCUCAAUUCGAACCCAUUCGAAAAUACCGUGGAGAUUCUCUUCUCCAGACCUUUAGAAUGAGGGACAGACUUAGAAACAAGGCUCCAAUGAUCGGGUAUGGCCUUGGAUUGGCCAACCCGGAGAUCGCGAGAAUGAUCGCCAGUGCUGGAUUCGAUUUCAUCUUCAUUGACUGGGAGCACACUGCCAUCGGCAUCAAGGAAGUCACCGAGCUCAUCCGAUGGAUCAACCUCACUGGUGAAGGGACCACCGCUGUUGUGGUCCGAGUACCCACACAUGAGCAUAAUUGGAUUGCCUGGGCUUUGGAUGCUGGCGCUUCUGGGAUCAUUCUGCCUCAUACCGAGACCGUCGAACAAGCCAAAGCUGCUGUGGCUGCUGCGCGAUUCUACACGCAGGGUGGUCACCGAUCCUAUCCUCCCUUUGCGAUGCCCCUUGGUAUCAACGAUGGUGACCACAAGGACAAUGCCCUCCCUUGGGAUAUCUACAAUCGAUCCGCCGUGAUCCUUCAGCUCGAAAGUAAGAAGGGAGCAGACAACGCAGAUGCCAUCGCGGCCGUCGAGGGAGUCGACGGACUCAUGUGUGGACACAUGGAUCUGCGAUUCGAUCUCGGACUCGGUUACGGAGGAGCAAUGGACGAGCCUGAAUACCUCGAAGGUGUCGGCAAGAUCCUGUCUGCGGCCAAGAAGCAUGGAGAUAAACCCGUUCUCACUUUUGCGCAAGGUCCAGCAGCACAAGAGAAACUGAUCCAAGCUGGUUUCCGAAUGCUCAUGGUCGGAUCCGAUGGCAUGGACCUGGCGGCGGGGAUGCGAAAACAAUUGAAUGGCGCGCAUGAAGUUGUCAAGAACGCUUGGAAGCCCAACCCGUGA